GUUGGCCAAGAGUGAAUUGUCCAAAUUAUUGCUCUCUCUCACUCUUUCGCCCGCGCGAAAAUAUCGUCGGCGAGUUAACGCGUAUCUUGAAGCUAGCAGUGUGUUAUAGCUAUAGCUAUCCUAUAGAAAAGGAAGAGAUCGCGCAGAUCGCGCUUUCCUUCUCUACUAUUCGAAGCUUGCCGACCGCUGAGCGCACACGGAUACGCCUCACACGUGCAUACGUUCCCCCUCCAUAUGCGCGUGCUUAGUGGCAUGCAGCGAAUCUGGCAGCUCUGCCCACCGCGGCAGUGCAUUGGACGCUUUUAUAAAGCGAUCAUGACAAAUACAAUAGUGUUAAAAAAUGUCAAAUCCAAAAGCGACCACGAUUACAGUCUUCAACUGAAUCGGUGGUACCUCAAACCAAUUGGCGCUAGGCCGCUAACGGACGCAUCAAAUGUGAUUGGGAGGCUCAUAGUGUUGCUACAGAAUAUUAUUUGCAGAGGACGUCCAGUCCAAGCUGAACGACUACUCGUUGAGAGGGUCGACGACCGUGAGAUAAUGUUACAACAGGCCAAAUUGGGCCGUCUCAUUGCCUUAAUCUCUGGAAUAAUUAUGCAAGGCGGUACUUUACUCUAUAGCACAGCUAAGGCAAUGAAACCCGUUACCAUCGUUGUUAAUAAUGACAGGUUAACGAUGUACCCGAUGACGUGCCCAUCUUACCGAAAAUUUAUUGAUACGAGAUUUAGUCCCACAAACGAAAUCAUGUUAGUUAUGCAGUUCAUGUCGACCCUUGUAGUUAAUUCUUCUACAGUGGGCGUUUGCACCUUAGCUGCUGUUUUCGCAACGCACAUCUAUGGUCAAUUAAACGUACUGUACAAACGACUGGACGAGCUCGACAAAGAAGACGAGAGAGGAAACAAUACAACUAAAGAAAACAUGAUCGACAUCGUAAAACAUCAUUUGAGAAUAUUAAGCGACAUUACGCAUAUUUACGUACGUUUCAGUUUCAUAACGCGCAUGGAGAAAAUCUUCCAUGGCGCCAACCUUGUGGAAGUAAUGGGAAGCACAAUGACAAUGUGUUUGCAAGGAUAUUAUUCCAUUAUGAAUUGGGCUAAUUUUGACGGAGCGAAAAUAGCAGCUUAUGUUAUUGUAUAUGUGUCGCAGGGAUUCAAUCUUUUUAUAUUUUGUUAUAUUGGUGAAAUACUCACAGAACAGUGCAAAAAUGUUGGGCAGACAGCAUAUAUGACUAAUUGGUACAACUUAAAUAAAAACACUGCACGUGGUGUUAUAUUGAUAAUUCCACGAUGGAAUAAAUUGAUUAGAAUAACCGCGGGAAAAUUAUUUCAAUUGUCAAUCGCGACCUUUGGGAACGUAAGUGAUGUAAACACAUAUAAUUAUUAUAAGAAUGUGCUUAGGACUUCUAUCGCAUAUUUGAAUAUACUGCGGACUCUGACUACAUAA